ACUUGAGAGUUAAAAGUCAUUCAGUUAUGUCCUUUAACAGUCAGGCGAUCUUUUUGCCUUUAACGAUAAAAUAACUGGCAUACUUUAUAAAACAGCAGCAGACGGAUUACAAAACUGGGAUAAAAAGUGAUAGAGGACCAGCUGAUAAAUAUAAUUACACAAGUUAAUGGGAUAACGUGACAUUGCAACAAACAAACAGGACAAUCGGAGAGGGAAUUUUACCUGCAUUCAGGUUUUUGUUUAUAUAUUGACAGAUUUAAUGCCACCUGUACGAAUUCAGUGGGUCGACAAAGCCACCAACUAGUAAAGAAAAACCAUUAAUGGAAUUAACCAGGAACACCAUUUACCGUUGAUUGUUUGAUUACAUUAUAUAUAUUGGUAUUAUUGGGUAGUUCGGGAUUGUAUACAUCCGUGGCGUGUUUGUGCGAGAUUUCACAGUUAUUGUCAGUUGACUCUUGAUUUGAUUACAAAGACAUAUUUUAUGCGACUUUGACACGUUUUGGUGCUAAUUUUCCAAAUAGACGUAAUUACCAUAGAAGGAUUUUUUCGGUGUUUGGACCUUUUUAAUCAAGUGUGAUAAUUACUGUUAUAGUUUUUCGUCCUAAGAUGCUGGAUUGCUCUUGGAAAAUUAGCCUUCCUUUUGCAUCAGUGUUGGAAUGUAUUAUUCGGGUGAAGUUUGCGCAGAGAUGAAAAUUCGAACUGAGGUUCCUAACGGUGGCCUUUCUGUUCUUUAUCACCCAUACCUUAAUAAUCAUACCUACACUCCGCGCAGUAUGCCGGCCGCAAGUCCAAACACAUCUCAGUCCAGCGGGGGUAGCCAGUCGGGGUCAGAGCAGCUCAGCAAGACAAAUCUAUAUAUACGGGGACUCAAUCCAAAUACCACAGACAAAGAUCUUGUAAACUUAUGUUCACCAUAUGGUAAAAUCAUUUCCACAAAGGCCAUAGUAGACCAGACCACAAACAAAUGUAAAGGCUAUGGGUUUGUGGACUUUGAGACGAAUCAGGCAGCAGAAGUUGCGGUACAGGCAUUACAAGCUCAGGGCAUACAAGCACAAAUGGCUAAGCAACAAGAACAAGACCCCACAAAUCUCUACAUUGCCAAUUUACCACUAUAUUUCUCUGAACAAAAUUUGGAAAAUAUGUUGAAAGAUUAUGGAACAGUGAUAUCCACGAGGAUUCUCCGAAAACCUGAUGGUGUCAGUCGGGGAGUUGGGUUUGCACGUAUGGAGUCCAAAGAAAAAUGUGAACAAGUAAUAAAUGGUUUUAAUGGGAAAAUUUUGCCAGGCUGCACAGAACCAUUACUCGCAAAAUUCGCGGACGGAGGAAACAAGAAAAAGGUGCCGUAUAUUCAACCGACAAAAUUAUGGCCGGAUCGGACGGAUGUAACUAUUCCUACACUGGCAUAUGACCAGGCUGCCUUAGCUCAAAAUGGUCUUUACCUGCCUUACAGUAUAGCAGCCCCAGGUGGAGCAGCAUUGAUGACCCCGGGGAUUUUGCCCCGUUACAGUGUGGCAUCAUCACCCACUACGUACCAAGUACAAUCUAACCCCGGCGCCUUCGUCACACCACAAUACAUUAUGCAACCCCCAAUGGCACAUUACGCAGCUUUAACAACACCAGGAUACACGCAAGUUCCAUACCAAGCGGGAACCAUUCUACAGACAGUUCCAAUAGAGGAUCACACAGUCGAAGAUGCACAGCAACACUUCCAGGCCUACACUCCUACCCCUGCCAAUCCAACAACAAUUUUGGUUUAAAGGCCACUAUACCAAUGUGAUAUCAGGGGAGAUAAGUAGAACAGCCAACCAAUCACCUCAUCAUGUGAUCUACAUCCCACAUCUGAUUGGAUGAUUCUUUCAGCAUCUUUACAUUUGAUUGGAUGGAAUGCUUUUGAACUGGAAUGAUCUGAUUGGAUGAAAAGACUUUAUUCAGUUGGAUUGGAUGAUUUAAAAAAUUUGUAGAUUAGAUAUUUUUCAUUUUCAUUUUUUGCCAGUGUUCCUUUAUUGAAACUGUUUGUUAAUGUUCAUGUUGGAAUGAUUUUUAUUUUUGUGCUGAUUUUCCUUGAUUUAUGUUUUUUUUUCUUUUUUAUUAUGAUUCAUAAUUUAUGAAAUUUGAAUUUAAUAUAUGUAAUUUAUCUUGAUUUGUUUGUUUAAGAUUUAUUAGACAUAAACUUACAUCAGAUGAAAUAGCUUUACCUGCUCUAUGUGUCAUUAUAAUUUAGGAAAAUUUAUAUAGAGCAAAAAAUGAGAUUAUAUGUAUACCUCAACCCACAGAUUUUUACUAGUGUACAACAACUCAUACAAGACAAAAAAAGCAGGAAGUACUACCUUUAGUUACAAAAUAUGUAGCCUUUUGGUGAAAGAAGCAUUUUUGUGAUGCAUUAUUUGACCAAAAAAAAAGGGAUCAUGUUGGGAUUACUAGAAAAAGAGGAGUUGAUACGUAUGAGAGUUCAACCUGAAGACUUUAAGUUUGGUAGAUUUCAUUAUCCUUAAAUGAUGCAAAAUUAAAUGGUUUGAAAUUCUAUGAUUUAUUAGUUUUGUGAAGAAACUUUCAUUAAAUGUGUUGAAAAGAAAGACUUUGAACACCUUUUGAUAGAAAAGACAACAUUUCCUAUUUAUUGAAUGAGAGCUUCUCAAAGAAGUGUUUUAAGUGUUGCUGAAGUUUUAAAGUCUAGCUUAUAUUAUUUUACAUUGUUAAAGAUAUCCUGGUGUUAUUUCAUAUGAAGGUUAUAUUUAAGGUAGAAGGAUUCCUAUAUCAAAAAUCCUGAAAACAGUCAUUCAGUGUGUUUAAAGAAAAGAUGAAAAUUUGACAAUACUUUUAUUUUGACUGUUGUUACUGCAGUCAUAUAGAGAGUAUAACUAAAAAAUCUCACAAUUACUGUCAUUUUCUCAUAUUUUUUUAUCUAAAUCUUCAGAUCAUAAAAAAUACAGGUAUUUUUGUUAAAAGGUAUCCUUCUGCCUUAAGAAUCCCAAAGUCUAUAUUUUAUAGACAUAAAACUGUUGUACAUAAUUCAGUAGAUCAUAGUAAAUCAUUGUAGGUUUAUAGGAAUAAUUCAUCAGUCAUCAUAAUGUUGAAACUGCUUGUUGGAAGACAAAUAUAUAUUGGAAUCAAUGUAUCAAGUUAUUUUUAGCAUCGUUAAAUUUUCUCGUCGAUGGGAGCAGCUAACAAAAGGGAGAUUAUUCUUGAAAAUUGUUACAUCAGUAAUCUCCUUUUAAUAUAGAAAUGGUGAUUAUUUGAGGAGUAACAUGCAAGAAAGAAGCUUUCUAGACAUUUUAGUCACCCAGUAUAUGAAACAGAAUGUGGAAUAUUCAGAUUCCAUCAAGUUUGAAUGUUUUAGGCGGGUUGGUUUAGUGAGCAAAACUUUUGAUUGUUGUUCAAAAUAAGUCAAAUGUGUUGGACACCAAAGUUGCUGUAUAUGAUUAUGAUGCAGUGGGUUUUGUUGUUGAAAACCUAUUUAUCAGGUGACUGCAUGAAGUUAUUGUAAAGUUUGUAUCAUUUGAAUGAAAUGAUAGCAUUAUGUUGAAUAGCAUUUUAGCUUUGUACAGUUCUGACCCAUCAUAAAGGAGAAAAUUUAACAUCAGUGCUACCAAAAUAACUAGAUGAAAUCUUUUUCAGCAUUUUUCAUUCUUAACAUAAUUUUUUGGUUUCAAAAUUCUUUCGAAAUAAUUUCAUUUAUUUGACACUUAUUUUCGAGAUAUUUGAAGGCAGUUAAUAUCUUCAGAAUAAAACUUGCAUAAAGUGAUGUAUAUUAUAUGCACACAAAUAGCUGGUGGAAUUUAUUUGAAAAUGUAGAGAGAGAAACCCCUUGUGGAGAUUAGCUUCAUAUAUUUUGACUGUUUCUGGUGAGAAUUUGGUGCUGUGGAGAAAACUUUGAUGAUAGAUAAAAUAAGUGGAAUAAAAUGGAUUUAGAAUAGAUUUGGAAAAAGUCAAGCUAUUUAAAAUUAUGCACUACUGGACUUUAGAAUAGUAUUGAAAAAAAUCAAUGGGCAAGGGCUAUUUAAAAAUGCUGCUCUACUGGAAUUUAGAAUAGUAUUGGAAAUAAGCAGAGGCUGUUUAAAAACACAGAGUUAACUUCAGUGUGCAGUAUUUUAGGUAGAAUCAGUGUAGUAAAAGUUUAGGCACUGCUCUACAAUUUUGUCAUUGUAGUGUAUUGCACAGACAUGUGGCCUACCAAGAAAACAAUUGAUGACUAUAUAUUGUUAAUCUCCAUACAGGUUAGAAUGAAAAAUUGUCUGUUAAAACACUUUCAGACUUUCAUUACUUCCAAAUUUUUAUCUUUUUCAUUUUUUUUUAUGUUUUCUAUUUUUAAUUUUCUUUUGUUUUAAUGUCUUUUAAAACAAGUUGUUUUACACUUGAAAAAUAGUGCUGGCAGAUAGGGAAACAUGUGUGUAUAUGUGAAAAACCUCAUCCUUUUUGUGUAAAUAUUAAAAAUCA